UCGGCCAAUCAUUCAUUCUUCUUCCUCCCUCUCACCCUCUUCUGCAAGAAUGAAAAACACCGCGCGGCAGAACCUUCAACAAAAGCGUCCCUUCUUCUUCUUCGCAUUCUUCUUUAACUUCAUGAUCUGGUCAUGGUGGACUCUUGACGGCGUCGUUUCAGACCCGCAGACCAAUUUAGUGAAACUGUGGUGUGACAAUGAAGGCGACAUUGACGGGUCCAUCAUGAAGGAGAUCCUAAACGAAACGCUUCGAGAACUGAGAGCUCAGAUCAAAGACCGGAGCAAACGCUUCGCCACAGCGCAGGCAGUGAAGUCCAGCAUCCCCGUUUAUGCCCUUUUUCAGUGCAGAAACUACCUCUCCGUCGCCGACUGUCUCUCUUGCUUCGACGUCGCCGCCGUGAAUAUCCGAAAUUGCUCCGCCAGGGCAUAUGGCGGCCGUCUCGUCUACGACGGCUGCUUCCUGAGGUACGAGAGCAGCCAAAUAUUCGAUUGGGCAAGCGAAAGUUGGAACAACAUAGUCUGUGGGAAUCAGACAAUAAAAGAUUCCCCUGAUCUUGCUUCAACUGUGCAACAAGUUAUCAACAAUCUAGACAUAGCAACCCCAAGAAUCCCUGGAUUCUAUGUGGCCACUAAGACGCCUGUGCCGAACAGUAAUGGUUUGAAUAUUUAUGGCUUGGGUCAAUGUGUUGACACUGUCUCACAAGCUGGGUGCCAGACUUGCAUGGACAUUGCGUUAGCACACUUUAAGACUUGUCUUACCAACACAGAUGCUAAGAGCUACGACAUUGGCUGUUUUAUGAGAUACUCUACCACCGCCUUCUUUGCUGAUAAUCAAACCACUGAUAUCAGCCGCUUCUUAUUGAAACAUGCUGGUUCAAGCAAUAAGGGGCCAUGAUUGGUUUUAUUGUUGGAGGUAUAGUGCUUGUUUUGAUCUUCCUUGCAUUUUUUGCCUGGAUUAGAUCACCAAAAACCCGAAGAGGGUUCCCAAAGGAGAUAUAAGUGGGAUAAGCAUGUUGAAAGGCCCACUUAAUUACAGUUAUGGGGAUUUGAAGUCGGCAACAAAUAAUUUCAGCCUUGAAAAUAAACUUGGAGAAGGAGGAUUUGGUGCUGUAUAUAAG